CGGGCGCCGCCGCGGGGCUUUUUUUUUUUUUAUUUAUUUUAUUUUUUUUUCCCCCCCCUCUUCUCUCUCCUUCUUCUUGGAAAGGCGGGGAGUGGGCACCGCGUCGCGCCGGGACCGGCGGGGACGGAGGCGGAGGCGGAGCCGAAGCGGUGUCGGCGCGGCGGCGGCGGCCGCAGCAGGUGACUGCUGACCUUUCACUAUCUCGAGUCGUCAGCUCACAGCGGGGGAGAGGCUGAUCUCCGGCUGAGGAAGCCUGAUUUGCACAAGAAUUUGGGGACGAUUUCCAUUUCGCCAUCCUGUUGUCGAGAAUGACAGGAAUGGAGACUGAAACAGCAAGAGACAAAGCUAUGGAAGAAGAAAGCACGGAGCAGAAAAAGGAAAGAGAGAAGAAGAAGAGGUCAAGAGUUAAACAGGUGCUGGCAGAUAUAGCCAAGCAAGUGGAUUUCUGGUUUGGUGAUGUUAAUCUCCACAAAGACAGAUUUCUUCGAGAACAAAUAGAGAAGUCCAGAGAUGGGUAUGUUGACAUAUCACUUCUUGUUUCUUUCAACAAAAUGAAAAAAUUGACUACUGAUGGGAAGCUGAUCGCUCGGGCAGUUAAAAGUUCAUCUGUUGUAGAGUUGGACUUGGAAGGAACCAGGAUCAGGAGACGGCAGCCUCUGGGCGAGUGUCCAAAGGACGUGGACAGUCGGACUGUCUAUGUGGAGCUGCUUCCCAAAAACGUCAAUCACAAUUGGAUUGAGCGGGUGUUUGGGAAGUGUGGCAAUGUAGUUUACGUCAGUAUCCCCCGGUACAGAAGUACUGGGGAUCCAAAGGGCUUUGCUUUUGUUGAAUUUGAAACUAAAGAACAAGCAGAGAAAGCCAUUGAGUUUUUGAAUAAUCCACCAGAAGAAGCACCACGGAAACCUGGAAUUUUCCCCAAAACAGUAAAGAAUAAACCAGUUCCUACACUGAAUUCAAGUGACAACACUGUAGUAGAAGAGAAGAAAAAGAAAAAAAAGAAGAAAUCUAAAAUCAAGAAAGAGAGCAAUGCACAGGCAGCUGCAGCAGAGCCAAAGGAAUCAAACACUCACGCUACAACAGAGCCAGUGCCCAAGUCUAAAAGACACAGGACUCCAUCAGAGUGUUCUGAGAUGGAGGGAACUGAGACUCCCAAGCAACCCUCCAAAAGGGAGAAGAGGAAAUGGGACAGAGCAGAGAGCUCAGAGGUAACCUGGGAAAGCAGGCCAGGAAAGAGAAAAAUAACCACUUCAGGAGAUGGUGAGACAUCAGCUCCAAAAGUUAGGAAAACUGCUGAAAAAGAUGAAGUUGAAACAGUGAAAGAAGAAACAACAGAAGCUCCAAAAGAUUCCAAUGAAGUUUCUGCAGAAGAAGACAAAGACAAAAAAGACACAUCCCUUUCCAAAUCUAAAAGGAAACACAAGAAAAAACACAAAGAGAGACACAAAAUGGGUGAAGAAGUCAUCCCCCUCAGGGUGCUCUCCAAGACUGAAUGGAUGGAUUUGAAGCAGGAAUAUUUGGCUCUGCAGAAAGCCAGUAUGGCCUCCCUAAAGAAAACGAUGUCUCAAAUCAAACCUGAGCCCAUGGGGGAAAUGGAGACGGAAUCUGGUGUGCAGAAAUCUGAAAAUGGCAAAACCGCCAGUGAAGAUUGUGCCCCUCCCGCCAAGGCCAACACAAUGGGGCCUCAGUUUGUCAGCGGAGUAAUUGUGAAGAUCAUUAGCACCGAGCCCCUGCCGGGCAGGAAGCAGAUCAAGGAUGCUCUGGCAGUGCUGGCUGAGGUGGCUUAUGUUGACAUGCUGGAGGGGGACACUGAAUGUCACGUCCGUUUUAAGACUCCUGAGGAUGCACAGACUGUCAUGAAAUCAUACAAAGAAAUACAGAUCAAAAACAACUGGAAAUUCGAAGUUCUCACUGGUGACCAUGAACAGCGUUACUGGCAGAAGAUUUUGGUGGACAGACAAGCUAAGCUGAACCAGCCUCGAGAAAAGAAGCGGGGCACUGAGAAGUUGAUUGCCAAAGCUGAAAGGAUGCGACUGGAGAAGACUCAACAGACAAGCAAACACAUUCGCUUCACUGAUGACAACUAAGCAUGGUUGAUGGUGAGCUUGGAAGUGAACUGUAGGUAUUCCAAACAAAACAACUAAAACCAGCCCUCACAAUCGCUGCUGCUUACAGCAACUAAACCCGGGCCCUUGGAUCCAUGACUGCAGACUGCAAGUGUGAAGAUUGGUUCUGAAUCCCAUUCUUAAUAUGCUGAAUGUUUACUGCUUCUGAGCCCUUAGGUAAAGCUUUUUGGAACAUGUGUAUGAGAUCUUCCUUUAGUUCACUUCCAGUUUGUUGGGAUUUUUUUUCAGGGUUUUUUUUUGGGUGGGGUUUUUUUUGUUUUGUUUUGGUUUGGUUUUUGUUUUUGUAUGUUUUAUACAGUAGGUUAUAAAAUAAAAUGCUUGAGAAUUUCAGUUGUGUAUCUCUAAUUCUUCCAUUUGCUUUUUAUGAGACUAUAAAUAAUAAAAGUGGUAAAUGCUACAUAAA